AUGGACAAGAAGCCGGUGGACCUGCAGAGCAAAGCCAUCUCACUCACCGAGGCACAGGUGGAGGAGUUCCAAGAAGCUUUCGGGCUGUUUGACAAGGACGGCGAUGGCCGCAUCUCUGGAGAUGAGCUGGGGGUGGUGCUGAAGGCCUUGGGUCGCAAGCCGACUGCAGAGGAACUGAAGGCCAUGGUCGGAGAAGCCGACGAGGACGGCAGCGGGACCAUCGAGUUCCCCGAGUUCUUAAAGUUGAUGGCAGCCAAGCUUCAUGAUUUGGACUCGGCGGAGGAGAUGCACGAGGCUUUCAUGGUCUUCGACCGCGACAAGAGCGGCAAAGUCACACCCAGUGAACUGAAGCACGUCAUGAACAGCCUUGGUGAGAAGGUCACCAAUGAGGAGAUCGAAGAGAUGAUCAAAGAGGCCGAUAUCGACGGCGACGGAGAGCUCAGCUUUGAUGACUUCAUGCA